GAUUUAGAGUCAGGCACAACAUGCCGGCAGCGGCGUGUGUGCUGUGGUGUGGUACGUGUUCCUGUUCUGUAGCCGUGCGCUGAGCUGGUGGACAAAUGCAUUGGCUCCCGAAUUCACAUCGUCAUGAAGAACGACAAAGAAAUCGUGGGUACCUUACUGGGCUUCGAUGACUUUGUCAACAUGGUGCUUGAGGAUGUGACAGAAUUUGAGAUUACGCCAGAGGGAAGAAGAAUAACCAAACUGGAUCAGAUUCUGCUUAAUGGAAACAACAUAACCAUGUUAAUCCCAGGAGGAGAAGGACCGGAAGUAUGAGACGAUUUGGACGAACAUCCUGAGUUUUUCUUUCAUCUUCAUACGCACCUUUCAGUUUCCCUCUUUUCUGUGUUUCUCUUCUUCUGUAAGAGGCGUUCUCCUGAGUUGUUGUAAUGUACUCCAUACCCUGUCGGCAGUAUUGAGAAAUGACUGCUGGAUAAUUGAGUUUUUGUUAUAAUUAAAUACGAAAGAGAAA